GCGCAUUUUUAUUCUUACCGGAUUCUACGGUCCUAUCGAAUGUUCAACGCUCUCGCCGACCCUGUAACGUCACACUGUACUCUGUUGUAUCUACCGCUUCUGCGUCGCCUGAAGUCGAAGGAAAUUCCAAGCCCCUUUGGCCCUUGGAACCAUGAGCUAUAUAACAUUGGAAGCAAUGUACUCGUUUGAUUCAUCCAGCUUCAAUUUCAACAUCUUCUUGCAUUUCAUUCAAGUACUCUCUAUUUUCUUCUCAAUCUCUCAAAGUUUGCCUUCCAAUUCUUUCAGCCGUGUCCAAAAUGCGUCUCUCAUCUUUUGCUUCCCUUCUCCUCGCCAGCACCUCCCUAGUCACUGCCCGUGUCCUCCCCCGCGAUGAUGAUAACCGCGAUGAAGUGGUCUACCUUCUCAAUUGCAAAAACUACUUCGGAAACUCAGUAUUCAACUCGGGCUCCAAAGAUGCACUUUGGCUCCUCCCCAACUUCGAAACCUCCCGCAAUGCUGGACAACAUCCGAUCGAGGCCUAUCCCUCCGACCAUGGCUUAGGAAAAGACUACGGCGACAUGGACUACACCGUUGGUACCGAAGCGCAGCCCAUCACCGGUACCCUGGACGGCCGCCUCUUCCAGGUCUGGGGCCUGGCCGAAAAAGGCGACCCCAACACCUCCCUUACCGGCGAGGCCAAGCUGGGAGGACACGACAUGGCCUGCUAUCAGGCGCCGACUGUCUUCACCCAGACCAUCUCGAAGGACCGCCACUACAAGUGCGUCGCCCGGUACUGGUGUACGCGCCGAGAUCGCACGAUCCGCCGCACCUCGUUCGGCAUCUCCAACACAACCGCUGACGUGAUUCUGACGAGCGGGUCGCCCGGCGACGCCACCAGCGCGGUCAUUCUAGCGAACGUCAAGGAGGCGCUGCGGAACCUGCAGGUGGCGUACGACGGCGACCUCUCCGACGACGCGGCCGUGUUCACGAUCAAAGACACCGAGUCCGCCAUCUCCUUCGCGAUCGACUUCGACGAGAAGGCGGGCGACCUCAACUUCGACCCGAACCGGCUCAAGGACAUGGCGGACCAGCUGGUGGACAAGCUCGCCCCGGCGAUUGCAAACGCCGCGAAGUUGGUCAAAUGCUCACAGGGCUGGGGCGCCCAGUAUGCGAGCUGCACGUACAAGCUUGUGUUUCCGGAGCAGAUCAAGAUUGAGUCGCAGAUUACACUGCAGGCGAAUCAGAACUGGAUCACGCAGGACAAGGUGAAGAUAAUAGUGGGGAAGAAGGCGGGGGGGAAGGAUGAGUGUAAGACAGAUGGGGCGGUGGCGUCGGUUUUCGCGGGAGUCUUUGGAGCAUUGGGUGCGAUCACGACGGGGGGUAUGAGUGGGGUGGCGCAGGGGCUGGGUGGAGUCUUCGGUGCGAUUCAUGCCGCGAAGUGUGGGCUUCCGAUCUAGAGGGAGAAAGGUGCUGAAUCUCGGUUGUGAUGUUGUGCUGUACAUAGGUUCUCCCAUCUGUAUAGAGGCGGGCCGCGAGGUUGAUUUGUUGACAUAUUUUCAGCAUAGCGUUAUAGAGUGUAUUACUAGAUCAUUCUCCUUAUUCUGCUGUGCACAUACGUCCGGCCAAU